UCAGAGCCAAGGAGAGACAUUCAUUCCAUCUUCAUCAGCUGCAUGGUGAUUACUCUAUUGAAACGAAGGUUGCUCCAGAUACCUCCAGAAAACCAACAGGAACACUACAGCCCCUGAUCACCUCUACAGGCUUUUGGUGCAGCAUUACUCUUCAUAAUCUCUGUGUUUCACCUGAAGUGACCUACCUGCUGUUUCCAGAGCUCAGCAUUCUACUUCUAGCUUUGUAUCAUCCCUAGGCUUCCCCAGUUUGUGACCUGCAUUAGUAACUUAAAUUCCUUAGAUUCCUUUAAGGUUUGACUUAUGUGCUACCUCCUAAUAGAAAUAUUUUGUGAUCCUACUACUUAGUAUUCUUUUUCUCUUCUAAUCACUACAAAUAUACUUUUCUCAUUACAUUUUACAUUCCUCUCUAACCCCCAGGAGAAAGUAAAUUUCUGCUGGUCAGGAACUGUUGUUUCUCAUUGUUUUCUAUAACAACACCACCACCUAUUUAGAGCUUUAAGAUUUGCAAAUGACUUUAUAUAUGUUACCUGAUUUGAUCCUCAAAACAGUACAGUGAAGUAGAUACUAUUAGUAUCCCUAUUUUAUCUAGUAUAGAUACCUUGGACAUAUCUAGUGUAGCACCUUGAAGAUAUUAGUGAUUAAUAAAUGCUUUUGGGAUUGGGUUAGAAACUACCAGAUAAUAUGGAAAGGUGAUUUCUUCUCAUUCUGAUCUUCCUAAAGCUAGUAUCAGAGAGAAUUGUCUACUUUCAAACUUUUUCCUGUCUUUUCUUCCAAGGUUCAAAAAAAUCCUAUUUCAGUUCUAGUUAUCAUAGCUGCAGGAUCACAAAAGCAUGUAAAUAUGUUAUUUGUGUGAUCCUCCCAUGAGACUGUUAAACCCAAGCAAUAAAAAAUUAUCUUUUACUCUCCCCUAUUCUCUGCCCCACCAGUGCCUAGCACUGUGCUCACCACUUAGACAGAUAAAAUGUUUGUUGAAUUGAUUUGUAGGAACUAAAAAUUUGUCUUAUCUAUGUUUUUCUAUUUUAUUUUGGUUAUUUUCUUUCAUAUUUUCUUUUAAAAAAAAUAAACCCAACAAAAUAUUUUAUUUGGUUUUUGAUUCUGAUCUUAAGAAUGAAGAAUUUCUACCCUGAAGCAGAAACAGUAUUCAGUUAGAGCUGUUCCAGGCUAUUAUUUUGAGUACUUUCUUGAAGGCAUAUUUGAUCUCCCCCAUAACUUAUUUUAGUUUACUUUUUAAACUGCUUAUUUUAUGUUAGUCUGUAAUUACAGUCUAUUGGAAAUGUGCAAUGUUCUGAACACUUCAGUGAAGUUGAGCACCUUAUAAAUAUUUAUCUCCUCUCUUUUCAGAUGGCUGAAUGCAUCAGAAGUCAUCUCUGUAUCAAUGGAAGUAAAAUGACUUUUUAAAAAACCAUUUAUCAGGGAAAUUCUGUGAUGAGAAUUAUUUUCCUUUCCAACUCAAAUUGUCUUACAUCUGUGAAAACACUUGGUCAGUCUAAAGCCAGUUUAAAUCUCCUUAUAGUGCCAAGAAAAAUAGGCCUCAUGCGAGGUGAAAAUUAAAGAAUCCAAGAUCUCUGAAAUGAAGAGGAAAAGAAGAAAAAUCUUUAAGAACAGAAAAGUCUUGACUAUAGCUGAAUAUGUCUCUCACUCUACCCAUCAUCCACACCCCCAAAAUACUAAAGAUCUUGAAAAAGGAACAGAAAUAGACACUUCAGAAACUACCAUUCUUCCCACUGAGGUCUUGGGGAAGUCUGAUGAAAAUGGAGGUGAGCACAGGUGUGCUUCUAUGAAUAGAGAACAAAAUAAUUCUCCAUUAUGCAAAGAAAAUAAACAGUUUCUUUCUGCCCUUGAAGAUAGCAUGGGAAAGAAAAGUGACUGUUCUUUGGUUUCUUGUCAUCAGCAAGAGAGAUUCCUCACCAUGGUCACCUUUGGCAAUGCAAAAGGGUCUCUAUCAGGAAGAAUUACCCUGCAGAGCGUCCCAAACUCUGUAGAAAUCCUUAAGUCAACAAAAGGCAAAAUUACUACAGAAAUGAAAUGUGGUGCCUUUAAUGUAAAAGUGGAACUUGAGAAAAGUUCGUUAAGUGAUGCUGAAACAAAUCUGACCCAAACAAAAAAGAGUUGCCCAAAGAUCCAUUGGAGGUACCCAGUAAAACACAUUUGGAGAUGCCCCUAUUCUAAAUAUCAGACGUUAGUGGCAGCUCACACAAGAGACAGAAAGUGUAAAGCAUCAUCUAAAUCCAAAACCACAAUUGCCAGCAAUGAAGAUUCCUCCCUAAAAGUGAACGUUGUGGGGAAAAAAAUUAAAAUGUCCUAUGUUGAUAAGAGGCAGAAUCUAUUAAUUAGUAUAGUACAGUCUAAGCAAAGAAAGAAAAAAGUAUACAAGAGUGGAAAUUAUGAUUCUAAUCUUACUACAAAGAGAUGUUCAAAGUCUCCUUCACUAUCAGCUCAAGGUGUUCAAUUAAAGGGACAGGCUUUUCAAAAUCAUCAAGGUACAGAUUGUUCUUUAAGACCAUCACCUCCACUUCCUCCUCCUCCUGAUGAAUUUGCUAAUUAUAAGGAAAAAAAUGCAAAUAUCCUUACAGAAUCUCUAGCUCCAGAAAGCAAUAAGAAUGAACUUGGAAUGUUACUUGGAGUUUUUGAUACUGAGCAGGUACAAAAGAAUUAUCAGAGUAGUGAAUGUACUGCUACAAAGGAAAAGAUUUCUGAGACUGAGACUGUUCCCCCACACUUUGCUCCUACUGCUUAUGAACCUCUAAAGAUGAGUGAUGCAGACUCAUUUAAAAAACCUUUAGAAAAUGAUGGAGAAAUAGAGAAAUGGAGAAAAAACAUCAUCAUUAACCAAGAAAAUACAAAAUCUGAGUUGUAUCCCCAGCAUAAUGCAGGAGGAAUAAUGGAUUUCACAAACACCGUUGCCUAUACACUCUCUCAGACUCAAGGUGGAAAAGAGUCAAAUGUUUGUUCUUUGCCAUCUCUGAAGGUGCAGCAUCUGGGAGCCACAGCAUCAAGCAUCAGCAGCCAGGAUGGUACCCAUCCUGAGUUUUCAGAAUUUUCUACACCUUCUAGUUCUCUAUCUUCCUGCUUCAGUGCUGAUGAUGUGAAGCCUUCUGUUUCAUGCUCCACCAGCAGCAGUCCAUCUCACUCUGACUUGACUACAUACUGUUUGCAACCUAAACAAAGUCCUAAGGAUGCUUUUUUCUUGAAUCACUGUGUGGACUACAUGAUUGACUCUGAGAACCCACAGGUCCCAUUAGAAAACAACUUUAAUUGUAUGCUUCAGGAAAGUGCAGAUCAAAUGCCUAAGGAUCUUGAUCCAACCAAUCAAUCAAUCUACAAGCAUUCUUUAACCAACAACUAUAUAUCUGGCACUAGAGAUACAGAUGCAAAAUCUGUUUCUCAAGAAGAACAUCCAAACUUCAGUAAGCAUAAGGAAACAUUAGAUAGUGGUCAUUGUGCUAGUGCGCAGGAGCGUCUGAAAUUAAAAAGUGAGUCCUCAGUAACAUCAUCACUCUCUAGCAUCUCAUCCAAAGGCUGUAUUAGUCCUCACAAUAAGACCAACAGUGAAAUCAUGGAGUGUACCUCAGGGCAGCCCAGUAUGACGCGAUCAAGUGUCACCCCUCCGAUCACUGCCCAUGAAACAAAAGGGGCCAGCAAGAAAUGGAAAGGAUCCAUGAUGACUGUGUUAACUAGGGCAUUAAAGCAAAAACUUAUCUCCCAAAGUAAUAGUAACAUCAUAAAUACUGCCGGUGACUCUGUGCUAGAGAAAGAUCUUGAAGACCUGUCCAAUCCUCAAGGAAACUCUGGCAUUUUGUCAUUUUGGGAUGGUGAAGAACCAAAUGUACAGGAUGAAUACAAGGACAUUUUUGAAGUCUUGUCUAAUAGUAACUAUAUUAAAGCCUGUUUCCAAAAGCAUUUCCCACCUGUCACUGGAGAGGACAGCUUGCCAAUGUCUCCUCUAGAUAAUCAGUUUUCUAAUCUGAAAGCAUUUAUUAAAGAAACAUUGGAAAACAGUGUUUGGGAAGAAAUAAGCCCUAGAUCACCUAUUUUCAAAGAAGACCCUGUGGAAUGUCAAAUGGGGCCAUUCUUUGAGUUGAACUCUGAAAGAGAUGAGAAGAAUAAUGAUCAAAAAUCUGACAUACCACCAUUACCCCAGAAACAAAAGAUUCUCAAAGAUUGGAAAUUGGAGAUGAACAAACUCAUAAAGCUGCCAUAUGAAGUACCUUCAAGAGAUGCAAGAACCAGUGACAGUUCCCUGGAGGAAGCAAUUGAUCAAUGGGCCAGAAGAAGGAAGCAAUAUAAAGAAAGCAAAAAGUGCAGCUCAAGUGGAGGGAAUUCAUUUGCCAGUAAUAUUACUGAAGGAUCAGUUACUUCAGAGGAUGGUCACUCAGUGGAUCUUGGUGUGCGAAAUGAAAUUGAGGAGAAAGGAUUCUAUGCUGAGAAUUUUCAUUCAACAUCAUGGGUUUUCCGAGGAGAUGAUGAAAAUUCUGAAAAUAGUCCUAGAUAUCUUAGUAAAAAACCCCAACCAGUAUCUGUUCGGGAAAGGACUGUGAGAAUUUCCAGAGGAACUGGUGAUUAUCCUUGGGGAUUCCGCAUUCAAUUCUCCAAACCAAUCUUGGUGACUGAAGUGGACACUAACAGCACAGCUGAGGAAGCUGGGCUCCUGAUUGGAGAUAUUGUGUUGGCUGUCAAUGGCACUGAUGUCACCAGUGUUGCACAUUCAGAAGCUGUGAAUCUUGCAAAGAAAGGCCCAGAUAUUCUGACUCUAGUAGUGGGAUCAGACAUCAGUCGCUGCCCCAAUACCCCCUGGCCUACCUGUCGUGGCUAUCUACACAAACGGACUAACUCGGGGCUCCUGAAGGGUUGGAGGAAGAGGUGGUUUGUACUGAAGCAUGAUGGUUAUCUUCUCUACUACAAACGGAAAAAGGAUGAAGGAAAAUGUCGGCCACUGGAAGUAACAAAGUUAGAAGGUGCAGAAGUUGGAAUUGACAGUAGCUUGGGCAAACCAUUUGUGUUUAAAUGUGUACCCCAAUCUGGAACCAGAACUUUUUGUCUCUGUGCCACCUCAAACCAAGAAAUGAAAAGAUGGCUGGAAGCAAUGAACAAAGCUGCACAUCCUGUCUGUCAGAAUCAUGUCUGGAUAGAUGUAACACUUCACAACAGCAAUCUUCCACCCUUGGCCAUCAAGAAUCCAGAGUGUCUAGGUCUUCUGCACCAGCUGGAUAGUGAUCAGGAUGUUUGGGUCCAAUAUUACUGCAUUCUGAAAGAUGGUUGUCUGUAUUUCUAUACCAGCAUUCGCUCCACUCAGGCCACAGGUGGGCUCUACCUUCAGGGGUAUAGUGUAAGUGAAGAGUUCCUUAGUUUGAAGCAAUCUGUUAUUGAACUUAAUCCACCAUCUGAAGAGUUUAAGACUUUUUACUUCUGUGCAGAGAAUGAAACAGAAAAUAAACGAUGGAUUACAGCUCUGAAAGCUUCUAUUCGAAAAUGGCUCCCUUUGCAACAAGCUAUUGAAGACUUUAUCAACCGGCCUUUGGAGGAAACCAGAAUGUAAAGGAAAUAAUAAUUCUCAAGGUAGCAUAGUCUACUUGCUAAUUAUCAGUUAAUGCAGAAGCAAGAAAAAUGUAGCAUUAUUAUGAUUUUAUUAUCACAGGUAAUAAAACAUUUCAAACUAAAAUUCUUAUCAAUCUAAAUAAAAUAUUAUGAUCCCUUCUAUUCUUUGUAUUAAGUGACAUUAAAAUAAAAGUGAACUUUUUGUCUUACUCCAACUUUCUUUUGGAGUUUGUGAUAUUCUGCUUUUUUCUCUAGUUAUGGCAUGAAAAACACAUAGGAGAACUCAUCAU